CUGGAGUUCUACAACCCUCGACAGAUGUGGCGCACUGUAUCAGUAGGAAGAAAAGCUAUUUUCCAAUGAAAUAUUUUAUCAGAUCAUGACGAAUGUGUUCGUUUUUGGUUUCCCUUUCCUACAGUGCUCUAUAAUGGCUAAAACAGGCACAGUUAGAAAAAUGUUUCGCAUGCUUAUCCACGGUGAUACGGCGACCAUAACGCGCGUGGCAUCGCCGUGACGCAAAUUCGUCGACGAGUUGCUUUUAAUUUUGUUAAAUUCUAAAAGAAUAAAAAGAAAAUAUCGCUGAUCGUUUAGUUCACGAAAGUAACAUUGCGUCUGCUAUCAAUCCGUAAUAAACGCGAUUUUUACAACGCAAUUUCCGGAUCAUAGAGAUUCGAAAUACUUUAAAGCAUCAUGGCUAGAAAAUCUGAAGAGGGGAAGGAAUGGAGUAUCGCUAGGCUGGGAAUUUCUCUUCUUUUAAAUAAUAAGACCGAGGAAGCAGAAGCCUUGUUCACUGGACAUCCGCAUAAUUUCCAUAUUAAAGCCGGACGCUGCUUCGUUUUAUUCAUGAACGCUUUGAUGACAUUCGAGGACGACAAACUGCAACAAGCCAUUUUGCUCUUGAAAGAUAUGGAAAGGGAGUGUGCGUGCAACAUAGGCUGGCUGAAGUCCGUGAAGAGCAAAGUGUUCAGAGCGGAGGAAACAGGCAAAGACUAUGUCAAUAGGCUGGAGAGGCAAAUUGUUCUAGCAGACUCGCAAGUAUGUUCGGCGAUAUUAACGCUAUUGCAACAAGAGCUGACUGGUUACGUGCGCGGUGGUUGGAUGUUACGUAAAGCCUGGCGUGUUUAUCAACAUGCACACACGCAAAUUUCACAGUUGUACCAACGUACGUUCGGUGCAGACCCGGUGGGAUUCGAGUCAACGUGCAGCACCCCUUCGUGCAACGGUUCUUCCUAUUCCUUGCAAAGUCCACAUAGUCCAGGCUCUUCGGAAUGGUCAAUACCAUCCUGCAACGGUUCAACAAACAACUUGACACCGAUCACGUCCCCGUCAGGUCUGCGAAGCUCUCUAUCAAUGUUCUUCUCGCUCACUGGCAUCACGUCCGAACAACAGACACCUUUUGUGGAACCUACCGAGGUCUCGCGAUUGAUGUCGGCGGUUAGCUUCGGCUACGGAAUUUAUCAACUGUGUGUGAGUUUAUUGCCGCCUUCUCUUUUAAAAGUGAUCCACUUUUUGGGCUUCGAAGGUGACAGGGAAGCUGGACUCACAGCGCUGAUGAACGCGCGACUUAGCGAAGAUAUGCGCGCCCCUCUCGCCACAUUGUCUUUGCUCUGGUACCACACGAUCGUACGCCCAUUUUUUGCUCUCGAUGGAAGCAACCUUCGAGCUGGAGUUAACGCUGCGAAACAAUUGAUCGCAGAAUGUCAUCCAGAGUUCAAUAAUUCCGCAUUGUUCCUCUUUUUUACGGGUCGAAUAGAGAGGCUCGAGUCGAACGUAAAUGGCGCCCUCGAGGCGUAUGGAAAAGCUGUGGAAGCUUCGAAUCAAAGAGAGAUAAAGUUGUUGUGCUUGCACGAAGUGGCUUGGUGCCAUCUGAUUCGCCUCAGUUACGAAGAGGCUUACCGAUCUUUGAUGCAAUUACGACAGCAAUCGAGAUGGUCGAAGAGCUUUUACGCUUACUUGGGAACAGUAUGUUGCGGAGCGAUCGGCAAGUUCGACAUCCUGGCAACCACUUAUCGAACGAUCCUUCAUUUUGCCAAUAGAACGAACAAGGAAACGCAAUUAGGUGUGUUUAUUUUGCGUCGCGCGCCUAAGCUGGUCGACCAAGAAACUGGACAGCCGUACACGGUUUUGUAUUACAGAUUGUUAGUGUAUGAAUUACUCUAUUUAUGGAACGCUAUGCCCUCUUGUACAUCGGAAUCGUUACGGAAUAUAUUACUAGAAUGCAAAAGCAAUCGUUCUGACGAGCCUAUGGUUGGGCUGACCGAUUUGAUAGAGGGUGCAGCUCAUUCUUAUCUGGGCGAUAUAGACGCAUCGAUCAAAUGUUAUCGAAAUUGCUUGAGGCGACGUAAUCCAUCAAACGACGCGUACGAUCAGCAUGUUAGCGCAUUUGCACUUUACGAACUUGGCAGUGCACUUUGCGCCAUUAAUAAUACGGAGGAGGGGAAAGCGGUGCUCUUGCAAGCCCAAAACCAGUACAGAGAUUACGACUUUGAGAGCCGACUGAACGUGAGAAUACACACUACCCUGAAGAACGUUAACUGACGACAAAUAAAAAUACCAAAACCACCCUUAUAUUUACUGUACAAAGUACGCGUUGUAUACUCGCGCUAACGGGGUGUACAUUGCAUACUUAACACGAUAAUGUUUUGUUCUGUAACAUCCAUAAUGUUCCACAUAUGAAUGAUUUAAAUGCAAACAGAUAAGACUCAAUGCAACAUAACUUUCCUAUAUUACGGAGAACUGUACCAACUGUGUUCUGGUAUUCCGUCUAUAAAAACAUUAACUGAAGUAACAUAACUUUCAUAUACGAACACUGUACAUAAAACUGUUCACUCUAUUAUAACGUAUGCAAGGUGGUCCAUUGGAAACUGAACGCAUAACACAUUACCGACCGAUAGCCUAUUAAUCGACUGUUUUACCGGCCAACACUUACCGACCGAUAGCCGAUUAACCGGUCGGUAAAGUGUUAACAUCUCUUGAUUUUGAACACGUAAAAAAACCAUUUAAACUCAUGGUACAAAUAUGGCGCUCGAUGGACUUUCUCCUGGAGGCCAUUUUUUCUAAAUUUCAAACAGGAAGAAAAAUUUUCAUCUCUCACGUGUUAUAGGUGCCACUAAAAUGAAUUUUUUAGUGUACCACGAUUAUGUCCUUUGACACUCAGCUUGAAAACUUGAAAUUCGUAGGAAAAAUUGAAGCUUUUCUUCGAGUUUUUCAAAGUUUCUUUCGAUGAUCCGUCCUGUUUACAUUAUUUAUUCACGGACGUUGAUUAAAACAGCUUCGUUGCAUUGAUUUUAAUAAAGAAUGCUAUAACAUGUGGCAAGGAAUGUUUCUGUUAUUUCAUUUUCCUUCUCACUUCCUCUUGUUUUAAUUUGUGUAAUGUGGCUCUA